AUGAAUACAAGAACAGCAAGAGAGCAAGUUGAUUGUCUUGCGUGUUAUCAACAAGGCUAUACUGAAGACGGUGUGUACGUGAUCAAACCGACUGGAGGUACUGUUACUGAUGUCUGGUGUGAUAUGACCAAUGGUGGAUGGACGGUUAUACAACGCCGACAAGACGGAUUGGAAGAUUUCUACAGAAAUUUGGAUGACUACAAGAAUGGAUUUGGGAAAAGAAUUGGCGAAAAUUGGCUCGGACUUGAAAAGAUUUACUACAUGGCAAUCAAUAGCACUUCAUUAACAUAUACUUCGAAACGUUUGAAGAAGACAAUCUUGACCCAUUUUCCGCUUAUGCUGAAUAUUCCACUUUCAAAGAGCGAUAAAUACCGCUUGACAAUCGGGGGUUACAUUAAAUGCGAAGCAUGGUGGUACGGUGAAUGUCAUCUCGCGAAUCUAAAUGGAUUGUAUCUGGAUAGAGCAGACACUGGCUUUGCGUCCGGUAUACACUGGAAAUUAUCCUGUUGA